UAUCGUUUAUAUUGGUGCUUAAGUUUAUUAGCGUGUGACGCGUUCAUUUCAUUUCAUUAUAAUGUACGUCGAUUUAUUGAUACCGGAAAUCUGAAAUACUUAGAAAUAGCCUUCGCUGGUAUUUCGUAACUUUGAUUUAGUCCAUUGUUUUGAAAGUUAAUAACUUAAAUAGAGAAUAUGUUUUAACUGAGCAGGUCAAUUAUAAUUGAUGGUGCGCAACAGAGACGGAUGUAUGUACGAGUGUACAAUUUUUCUGCACGGUGGAUGAUGGAAUUGUAGAAUGGAAAUAUUGCACAUGCUCGGAGAUUUAUUUAAAUUUGUUUUCAAACAAGAGAAGGAGGCCACUGUCAAUAUUCAGUAAAUCAAAUCUUAUACAGUUGCGUUCUUGUACAAAUAUUCCUGGAACUCUAAAAGGUCUAAGAGGAUUCAAGAAAAAUCCAUCAUUUUCAACCAUAAUAUCAAAUCUAUUAAAGAAGAGUAGUAUCCUCGCAGCAAAAAUGACCUUACCAAGUGCUGCCCGAGUGUAUACAGAUGUAAACGCACAUAAACCAGAUGAGUAUUGGGACUACGAGAAUUAUGUAGUUGAUUGGGCUAAUCAAGAUGACUACCAAUUAGUUCGUAAGCUGGGCCGUGGUAAAUACUCGGAAGUAUUUGAAGCUAUAAAUAUCACAACAACAGAAAAAUGUGUUGUUAAAAUUCUCAAACCAGUAAAGAAGAAGAAAAUUAAGCGAGAAAUUAAAAUUUUAGAAAAUUUGAGAGGUGGAACUAACAUAAUUACAUUAUUGGCGGUAGUAAAAGAUCCCGUCUCCCGAACACCCGCUUUAAUAUUUGAGCACGUAAAUAACACUGACUUCAAACAAUUAUAUCAAACUUUGACGGAUUAUGAGAUUCGUUAUUACUUAUUUGAACUGUUAAAGGCUCUGGACUAUUGUCACAGUAUGGGUAUCAUGCAUCGGGAUGUUAAGCCACACAAUGUUAUGAUUGAUCACGAGAAUCGCAAAUUACGUUUGAUAGAUUGGGGACUGGCAGAGUUUUAUCACCCAGGUCAGGAGUAUAAUGUGCGCGUAGCUUCUCGAUACUUUAAAGGACCAGAGCUACUUGUGGACUACCAAAUGUAUGAUUAUUCAUUGGAUAUGUGGUCUUUAGGCUGUAUGUUGGCUUCCAUGAUUUUUCGAAAAGAACCGUUUUUUCAUGGACAUGAUAAUUAUGAUCAAUUAGUACGCAUUGCUAAGGUGCUAGGUACAGAAGAAUUGUAUGCCUAUCUAGACAAGUAUAACAUUGAAUUAGAUCCACGUUUCCACGAUAUCUUACAGCGGCACUCUCGCAAGCGAUGGGAGAGGUUUGUGCAUUCGGAUAAUCAGCAUCUUGUUUCACCGGAGGCCCUUGAUUUUCUUGAUAAACUUUUGCGUUAUGACCACGUGGAAAGAUUAACUGCUCGUGAAGCGAUGGGACAUCCAUAUUUUUUACCAAUUGUUAACGGACAAAUUAAAUCUAGUAACCAGCAAUAAAAUGAAAUGCUGCAACUGGAUUUAUCGGGAUCAAAUGCUUGAAUACAGUUUUGAAUAACAGUUAUGGAGCCAAAAUAUGCAAGCUAAUAUAAAAAUUAACUGAGUUCGUUUUGACUUAAGAGGAGAUAAUACAUUAAUACAUUUUUAAUAAAACAUGAAAUUAUACAUAAUAUAUUUAAUACAAUAAUAAUAAAAUAUAAUAUGAAA